UAUUUGUCUUGCCUGGGCGCUACAGCAAGCCAGGACGGCCUGUCUCCGGACACUGAUGCUACUGCACAGCUGGUUAGGCUUCAAAUGAAUGAUCUUACAGCAGUCAUUUUGGAGAUGCUUCACUUUUUAAGGCAAAAUGGGCCAUCGACAAAGGGUAUUUUUCAAAACAUUGACAACAUAAAAUCAUUUCUGUGUCUCAAGGAAAGAAUUAUGUUUGGACAUACAUUAAAUUGGGAGAAUGAGUCUCCACUUGUCAUGGCAGCCGCAUCAAAGGAUUGUCUGCGGAUCAUACCUGGAACUCUUUUUACAAUGGAACUCUACGAUAGUUGGCUUGGUGUCCUUGAUGAGGAUGAAGUGGAAAUCGCAGAAAUCAGAAGGCUCUUAGAACACCUGCCCGCAUGCAAUGUGGACAUCCUGAGGCAGUUAUGUCUGUGCUUGCAUGAGAUAUCCAACAAUGCCUCCUUCAACCUGAUGAGUGCACCCAAGCUAGCUUUUUACAUUACAACAAGUGUGUUUUCACUGUGGAAAUGUACAUCGCAGAUCGCUUCAUUGGAAAAUGAAAUAGUUAAACAGUUAUGGAGCCAGAUUUUUCUGAACUGGGAACCACUGAGAGCAUCAGCACCUAAGUAUUAUCUGGAUUCAGCACAGGAUUCAGGUAUGGAAAAAGAGCUCGGGCUGCCGGAGAAACAUGAGGAGAAACCCAAGCUUGUUGGGGGCACUUAUGUCAUCUGCCCUCUGCCCAACAUCGAGCCUGAUUCUCUCGAGGUUGAACCCCCAAAAGGUAUGGAAAAAGAGCUCAAAGAGGAGCUCAUUACCAGCCAUAAGGCCUCUGCACCCUGUGCUCCUGAGUUGGAGCAGGAUGCCCAGGGCAUGGUGACUUAG